GUUGGAUCACAAUCGUCAUUCUGGUUCAGUUUGAAUCUCAACCCCACCAAACAUCGACAAUCGCCCGUCACAAAUGACAUUUCUCAGACGUCAUCGUCAUCUGAUUUCAUCCAAACAAACUCAUGCAUUGCCCUGUUGCCUUGACCUGGACCAUGAGUUUAUAUACAUGUCCCUCCUCUCAAUUUAUCUUCAGACUGUUCACUAACGUUCUAAUCUGACCCUCCAAGAGCAGCCAAUACUCGAUUUCAGACACCACAUCCAAUACUACUUGUUUUCUCAACAUCUCUUUCCAUCAUGCCUGCCCAUCCUACAGAAGAAACCCACUCUGAGCCCAGAGGCAGCAUCACUGACAAAGUUGCCAAAGAAUCCAGUGACUCAAACGCAUCUGAUCAUCCUAUACAUCAAAAGGCUCAGCCUCAUCAUCAUCAAGGCAAGGGUCCUCAGAUCUCAGAUGACAUCCCGACCGAAGCACCUUCCAAGGACGAACUCAGGGCCAAAGCACAAGAACUGAACAAAUAAAGGCAGAGAAAGAAGCAUAUGGGCGUUUAAAAAGUGACCAACCUGGUACUUGAACCGACAUCCCGCUGUGAUAUCAUGUUUUGAUCACAAUCGGCGAACUCGUUGGCAAAACCCACUCAAGAGAUAGGCUACCAAUUCUAGUCACUGUAGUGAGCUUGACCACAAAGUUCAUCCAUCCCUUGGCCCGUAACUCUGGUCCUCGCUAUGCUCCAGGCAUGCCCA